ACUACUAUCACAUUGUGAUAGAGAGCAAGAUAGUAUCAGUAACCUCAGAAACGUGGAAGAUAUAUUGAAGAGAGGGCGAGUAAAUCGAAUUAAAAAAACGGCGGCGCGGCUUUCUUAAAUCAAAUAUGAAACCUAAAUCAGAAUUAACAAGUGAACCUGCUUGGGUUAAAUUACAAGAAACUUUCAACAGCACAGGAUCUCAAAUUAAUAUAUAUAAUUUAUUUAAACAGGAUCCUAAUCGUUUUCAGAAUUUCAGUUUAGAAAUUUCUACUCCGCAAGAUGGAAUCAUUUUACUCGACUACUCUAAGAACAGAAUUACAAAGGAGAUACUUGAUUUAUUACUCAAUUUGGCCCGUGCAAGACAAAUCGAAGAGGCACGAAAUGCAAUGUUCUCAGGAGAAAAGAUCAAUUUUACCGAAAACAGAGCAGUUUUGCAUAUAGCUUUACGCAAUAGAAGUAAUACUCCCAUCUUGCUCGAUGGUAAAGAUGUUAUGCCAGAAGUGAAUGCAGUUUUAGAACACAUGAAACAAUUUACUGACGAGAUAAUAUGUAAAAAAUGGAAAGGCUUUACAGGCAAACCUAUUGAAGAUGUUGUCAAUAUUGGAAUUGGUGGCUCUGAUUUGGGUCCUCUGAUGGUAACAGAGGCCUUAAAACCCUAUCAUAUUGGACCACGAAUUCAUUUUGUUAGUAACAUCGAUGGAACUCAUAUUGCAGAAACUUUGAAAAAAUUAAAUCCAGAAACUACUCUGUUUAUAAUAGCAUCUAAAACAUUCACUACUCAAGAAACAAUCACUAAUGCAACUUCAGCUAAAUUGUGGUUAUUAGAAUCAUUAAAAAAUGAAGCAGCCGUUGCCUCCCAUUUUGUUGCUCUAUCCACUAAUACACAAAAAGUGAAGGAAUUUGGUAUCGAUGAAAAGAAUAUGUUUGGAUUUUGGGACUGGGUUGGCGGACGAUAUUCAUUGUGGUCAGCUAUCGGUUUAUCUAUCUGCUUGUCCAUUGGUUUUGAAAAUUUUGAGAAACUACUUAGCGGAGCGCAUUUUAUGGAUCAGCAUUUUUCUACAGCUCCAUUAGAGAAAAAUGCACCUGUUAUUCUUGCACUUCUCGGCAUAUGGUAUCACAAUUUUUAUAACGCAGAGACACAUGCAUUGUUGCCAUAUGAUCAGUACUUGCACAGAUUUGCUGCAUAUUUUCAACAAGGUGACAUGGAAAGUAAUGGAAAAUUUGUUACUCGAUCUGGCAAGAAAGUUAAUUAUUCUACUGGUCCAAUUGUAUGGGGAGAACCGGGAACAAAUGGUCAGCAUGCAUUUUAUCAACUUCUUCAUCAGGGUACAAGACUCGUACCUGCAGAUUUUAUAAUUCCUGUACAAUCUCAUAAUAAGGUUCAAGGUACAUUGCAUCAUGAAAUUUUAUUAUCAAACUUCUUUGCACAAACGGAAGCUUUAAUGAAAGGCAAAAAUCAAGACGAAGCUAAAAGUGAAUUAGAAAAAUCUGGCCUAAACGCGGAACAAGUUAAUUCAUUAUUACCUCAUAAAAUAUUCGAGGGUAAUAGACCGACUAAUAGCAUUAUGGUUAAAAAACUUACACCUUUUGUUCUUGGUGCUUUAAUUGCAAUGUACGAACAUAAAAUAUUUGUACAAGGUAUGAUUUGGGAUAUUAAUUCAUACGAUCAGUGGGGCGUUGAAUUAGGCAAACAGUUGGCUAAAGCUAUCGAACCUGAGCUUCGCAGUGCUGAUAAAAUUACCACUCACGAUUCAUCAACAAAUGGUCUUAUUGCAUUUGCGAAAGCAAAUUUAACAGUUUGAUCAUGUAUUUAGUUAUUCAAGUAGUUGGUUAGAUUCAUGGGAUUACAUUGAAAUAAAAUAUUUUUUAUUUAACGUGGUGACAGAGUUAAAAGAAAAAGAAAAAGA